AUGUCCGAUCACAUGAACAAGAACAUGUAUGAGGUUCGACGAGCUGCUAUCAAAGGCGGCGGAAGUGCGUGUCAGAGGUGUCGUCGGAGGAAGCAGAAGUGCGAUCAGAAAUAUCCUCAGUGUUCAAAUUGUGCGAGUGCUGGUGCGGAGUGUCUCACGUAUCAUUCCGGCAAACAGGCAAAUAUUCCACGUGAUUAUGUCACGAACUUGGAAGACGAGAUAGCCCAACUCACCAAGGAGGUCGAGCAACUUCGACAACAAAAUCAUCGGAGCCCUGUCACCGUAGGGACGGCAGAAUCCGGUGUUACGACAGCCAACGACACCAACAAUCUUUCUGCAGGACCACGUCCGGAGUCAGACGAAAGUUCUCCGGUGCUACAGCACUUAGUCGCCAGCGCUCAAGACGUUGUGGUUCAGCCGGGCAAUCAAUCACGGUAUCUUGGUCAUAGCAGCGGCAUCGCCUUCGCCAAGAUGGUUAUGGCAACAAUUCAUGUGGACCGAAACCCCGUCCCAACUUCCCAGCAGCAACUAUUCCAGGACGCUCCCACUGGUUUGACCACUCCGGCUUCUCUCCCACCUCGCUCUGCUGCAGAUCACUUAGUCGAGGUUUACUUUCAGUACCGCACGCCGCACCUACCAAUACUCAGCCGCACGCAAGUCAUCGACGCCAUUGACAGCGCUUACGCAUCCCAGGAUGGAGGUCGAGCAGUCGCUACUGCAGCAGAGAUGAACAUGUUCGUGACCUAUAUGGUGUUUGCAAUUGCACUUGUCGAUGUGCCCUAUCUAUCGGGUCGGUCUAGCCAGAGUGACGGAUGUUUCCGUUCUGCACUUCUCUGGGUUGAACGUCUCUUGACGUAUUCAAAGAGCGAAUUACAGACUUUGCGCGUCGUGCUUCUGUUGACACAGUUCGUGGCUUUGUCACCUGCGCAGGGCAGCCUGUGGCAUCUGACCGGAUUUGCACUGCGGUUGUGCAUCGACAUAGGCUUGCAUUGGGAAACGGACACUCAGGCUUCAAAUGUGGAUGCACAGCUUCUGGACGACCGCAGGCGAUUAUGGCAUUCAACGUAUCAUUUCGACCGACUUAUGAGCGUGACUCUCGGCCGACCUCCAGGUAUCCUGGACGAGAGCAUUCGAGUGCAGCUUCCGAAUCCCUGGAUCAAUUCACGCGACGACCUCUCACAAUCAGAAGCCAAUGACUACGAUAUCUACACGCAGCGCGCUCAUAAUCAUUUGUUCAAACUAGCACAGCUCGAGUCCGAAAUUAUUCAUGUCCAGCACAGCCAAACGUGGAGCUUCAAGCUUGCACAUCCACGUCCUAACUGGAAUGCAUGGUUACAAGAUGUGAAGCCUCGACUGCAAGAGUGGUACGCUACUAUUCCCGAACCCAGCAAAGCUCAUCCUCAGUCUAUCUUUGCUUUCAAAUCCCACUGGCAAGUGCUGUAUAACAACACAAUUUUGCUACUGUCCCGUCCGAAUUUGACCCUCUCAUUUCAGGCGGCAGACCAGCUGCUCAGCUCGUUCGACGCCGCAACGAGGGUCAUCGAUGGUCUGAAGGACCUUCAGCGAGAAGGUCGUGUUGAGAUGUUAUGGAAAUCAGUGCAUCACCUGUUCAUGGCUGGGUUGGUCGUCAUCUAUGGACUAUGGCGCAGCAAGGAGAUCCGUGAUCAAAUCCCUGUGGGCAAAAGCAUCAACACGCUUCAGACCUGCACAGCGACGCUAUCAGCAAUGGCUGAGACUUUCAAGGGUGCAUCGGGUUGUCGCAAUGCGUUUGAGUCAUUGUCUUCCACGACUAUCGACUGGCUCGUCGAGAAAGACAUCGAAGAGAUACCCAACAAUCGUCUGGAGUUCGAAAGUCAAGUGAGGGAAGUCAUGGGGCAUUUGAGGUCGACGUUUGAUGAUCGAAAUUCUGGCAUGGGUCAGAUUGACACCGAGUACACGUCGGCUUUUGCAGCUGGUGAGAACUUUGACCUUAGCGAGUUGCUCAAUGCCGCCGCGCAAUGGCCGGAUCUUGGGGAGCUUGAUUUUGUGAUGGGAGGGCAAGGAGGCGAGGUAGUUGCGGCACUUUGA